AUGGCGAGCAACCCUACGCCAAUAACCGUAGUGCACAACAGUGGCAGUGGCAGUUCGACCUUGAAGGACUAUGAUCUAUCCCAACCCAUCACCUCAACCUCUGGCCUUCGCUCUGGGCUCACUUCGUAUGGCGACGCUCAUUUCUCGCUAUUCCUUAGAAAAGUCUUCAUCAAAGCGCUGGGAUAUUCGGACUCGGCACUCUCCUCACCCAUCAUCGGCGUCAUCAACACGUACUCUUCAUUCAAUCCCUGUCAUUCCAAUGUACCGCAACUCAUCGAAUCAGUCAAGCGUGGCGUCUUAGCCUCAGGAGGGCUCCCGGUCGAUUUUCCGACCAUCAGUAUCCACGAGAGCUUUGCCAGUCCGACCAGCAUGUAUCUGAGGAAUUUGAUGAGUAUGGACACAGAGGAGAUGAUCAAAGCUCAGCCGGUAGAUGCAGUGGUCAUGAUAGGUGGGUGUGAUAAGACAGUUCCAGCGCAGUUGAUGGGCGGUGUCUCCGCAAAUAAGCCUGUCAUACCUCUCAUCACAGGGCCAAUGAUGCCAGGCUCGGUAGAAGGGGUCAGAGUAGGAGCUUGUACGGACUGUCGAAGCUAUUGGGCGCGAUAUCGGGCCGGUGGUGUCGACUUGGAAGACAUCAUGUCUGUCAAUGAGGAGUUGGCACCCACAGGAGGGACAUGUGGAGUGAUGGGCACCGCAUCUACUAUGGCUUGCAUAACUGCAGGCCUGGGACUGCUUGAGCUUAAAUCAGGCGCUACAGCCGCUGCUGUGAGCUCUGCGAGACUGAGAGUCGCAGAGCAAGCUGGACGUAAUGCGGUGGCGAUGCUUACAAAGGAUGGAAUGAGACCACAAGAUCUGCUUACCCGAGAGAGCUUCCUCAAUGCCAUCACGGUUCUUCAAGCCAUUGGAGGAAGCACGAAUGCUGUGGUGCAUCUACUGGCCAUUAUCAACCGACACCCGAAGGUGGCAGGCACCAUUGACCUCAAUACCUUUGACGAGAUCGGAAGAAGGACUCCGCUGUUGGUCGACCUGAAACCCAGCGGUGACAAUUACAUGACCGACUUUCACAACGCAGGUGGCAUGUUGGCAUUGAUGCAUACCUUGAGGCCAUUGCUACAUCUUAGUGCAAAGACUUAUUCUGGCCAGACUCUUGGCGAGCUCCUCGACACCACUCCCUUCAAGUCGUUUCAGUAUUCGAGACAGAUCGUCCGGUCUCUCGAGGACCCCCUCUACCCUAGCUCAAGUCUGGUCGUCUUGUACGGCAACAUCUGUCCACAAGGGGCGGUCAUGAAAGCCUCGGCCUCAAAGAACCGGAGACUGCUGCACCACCGUGGCUCGGCGUGCGUUUUUGAGAACACUGCAGACAUGGCAAAACGCAUCGACUCUCCGGACCUGGAAGUUGAUGCGAACUCGGUGUUGAUACUCAAGAGCAUAGGUCCAGUAGGCAAUCCGGGAAUGCCCGAGGCUGGACUGAUACCUAUUCCGCAAAAACUAGCUAAACAAGGUGUGGUCGACAUGUUGCGAAUCAGCGAUGGGCGAAUGAGCGGCACUGCUGGUGGGACGAUUAUACUACAUAUAUCACCGGAGUCUGCAGAUCUUGACUCUGUGUUUGGCAUCGUUCAGACAGGAGAUAAGAUCACUUGCGACGUCGAGAACAGGAAACUGUUCCUAGACGUAGGAGAGCAGGAGAUCGCUAGACGUAUAGCCGAGCGCAAAAUGCGAUCCCUGGACACUUCAUCUUCUGGAAAAGCUAACGAACAGAUGUCGAACAACCAAGAACCGUGGGUGGAGAGGACUGGUCGGAGGGGGUAUCGAGGCCUCUACGAACGUGAGGUCAAUCAGGCGCACCUUGGUUGCGACUUUGGCUUCCUAACAGCCCAGGGCCCCUCAGGCAACUGA